AUGCGACGGUUUAUUGGCCACAUCCUUCCCAGUGUAGUCUGUUGGCAGAUUUGGAAGGCAAGGAAUAAAGCAAUGUUUGAGGGUGUCCAGAUGCGGUCUACUGCCAUUUGUCACGCCAUUUUCUCGGAGAUCCAGUCCAUAGGGGGGGUUCACUUCAAACACGUGUUUCGAGUGCAGUCAUUUUGUCAGUUGUAUGAUUGGUCGAAUUUGUUUGCUGGUGGGUUUACCUUUAAAGUUGUUCGCUGGGAGAAGAAGGAGACAGGGCGGCUCAUACUUAAUACAAAUGGCUGUUCUAAGGGUAAUCCAGGAGUGGGUGGAGGCGGUGGGGUUCUUCGGGAUUCAACUGGCCUACCUCUGAUUGCCUUUUUGGCCUACUUUGGGGAAACUACAUGUCUCCGGGCAGGGGCUCGGGCCCUCCUUAUUGGUCUUCAAACGUGUGUCCAUAGGGGCUUUAGGAAUCUUUGUGCAAUUGGAUUCAUUGGUCUUAGUUGGGAUUCUUCAGCGCCGCAUUUAGUGUCCGUGGCAGAUUCGACGAGAGGUUAG